AAAUAAUGGCAAUAAUAUUAAAAAUGUCCUUUAAUUUGAUUCUUAUUGGAGCACUUGUCAUCGAUGUUAUGUCUUUCAAUCCGCUGUUAACAUACACUGUGCGUUUUAAAAAAAUAUCUGUAAAACCCAACAUCACUAUAAAUAAUUAUUCGAUCGAUCAAUACAAAGAUAUUCAAUAUUUAAAUGGAGAUGUUACAUUAAAUACGAAAGAACAAAUCAACAAAGUAGUUGCAAUAUUAAAUCGUUGUGACCCAGAUGGUAUUAACUGCGAAUACUUCAAAACAUUGACAUUUACAGAUGUCUGUAGACAAUUAAAGGAAAAGAAUCAAAUAUGGUCACGAUUGUACGAUUCAUUUGAUCCACCGGCACGUUGUCCAUUAGAUAAAGUAUAUUAUAAAAUUAAAAAUGCAACUUUUGAUGUUGAUAUAUUAACUCUGUUGUAUCCUCAAGUAAAGAAUUACCAAUGGAAAAUUAUCCAAAACGCAUAUGCUGAUGAUACAUUUAUUGGUAGCUACACUAUUGAAAUAUAUUUUUUUGGUUAUAGGAAA